UUGCUUUCUCUAUACAGUUAGGAACCAAACGAAGUCUUCAGCGGUUUGCCUGGAACAUCGGGACAUUUUUAUAUUAUUUUUCGAAAUAUGAAUGUAUUUAUUUCAAGAACAGUUGGAGGAUUUCAGCCUUAUAGUUCGUUAUAAUUUAUCCAAAUGACAACCAUUGUGAACACGUAAUAUCCGAGCUUCGUGAUUUCGGAAUAGGAAGCCCACAAGCCUAUGGAGCCUACCAACAAGCAGUCUGCUUAUUGCUGAUCGCCUGUAUUUGUCCUGUUUGCGAUGCAGGAGAAAUUAUCCCCGGAAAAGCCGAUGCAAGAAUAUCUCCGAAACUCUCCGGCGUUUUUCACACAUCUGCUAUAAAAGUACCAUGGAGAAUUCAACUGAAAUACUGUUUGUUCUACAAGGACUGAAUGAGACAAUGUUAAGCAAACACACAUUAUUUAUCCUCAUUCUUCUUGGUUACCUUUUUACUCUUUUGGCGAACCUGACUUUGAUUACAACAAUUAUUUCGGAGAAAACGCUCCAUGAGCCCAUGCUUGUAUUUCUGUGUAAUUUGUGUGUAAACGGUAUACUGGGCUCCUCUAUAUUUUAUCCUAAAAUAUUGGUGGACCUUUUAUCUGACUUGAGUGUUACUUCGUAUAAACCUUGUAUAGGUCAAAUUUUUUUAUUAUACAGCUAUACAAACAGCGAAAUGACCACGUUAGCAAUGAUGGCUUAUGACAGGUAUAUCGCGAUAUGCAAGCCGCUCAAUUACCACUCCAUUGUAACGCCUCAGAAAGUGAUGCAAUUACUAUUAUUUAACUGGAUUGUAUCCAUCUGUCAAUCUGUUGUUGUGACGGCCCUGGUAGCCAGACUGCCCCUCUGUGGAUUCAACAUCGAAAAGAUUUACUGCUCAGCCUGGGCCGUGGUAAAGCUGUCGUGUGUGGACACCACUCUCAAUAACAUAUUCGGGUACAUUUUCAUAGUUUUUAACGUUUCACUAGCAGUGCUGGUCGUGAUUUCCUAUGUUCCAAUCGUCAGAGCAUGUGUGCGAUCGAAGAAAGAACGGAGUAAAUUCAUGCAGACUUGUUUGCCCCAUAUAAUCGUACUGACCAACAACUUCAUCGCACUCUCUUUUGACCUCAUGUACACGCGCUAUGGUCCCACCGACCGUCUGCAGUCUCUCCGCAAUUUCAUGUCCUUGGACUACCUCGUUGUUCCACCGCUCCUAAAUCCCCUCAUUUAUGGCCUGAGACUGAAUCAGAUCCGCCGGAGAAUUUUUAACAUUUGCAGCCAGAAAAUGCAUGCUCUGAAAUGAAUAUUGUCUAAUUUGUUGUCCAGGUUGGAAAAUAUUUAACAUCUGUGAUUGAUAGAAAUUUACAUUUGGAGCUGAUAUAUGGGCGUUUAAAUUAUUAGUCGAGUCGUCUCAUUUACUACCUACAUCUUCAUGAAGAUGGAUUUAUUUUUCUUGUGAAGUGAUGCAAACCCUGCAUAGCCUAGUUUAAUUCACCCUCUCGCACACAUACCAUAGGCGGUUUUACCAUAGCCCAUAGGUAGGUAAUUGCUUGGGGCCACGUCCGCCGAAGGGGCCUCGUAAAUUUUUGUUUUAAACAUUUUUCUUUUCUUGUCGCUUAAAACGAAUGAUAAUCUGUAAUUUAUUUGUAUAUAUCUACAUGUAAAUGUGGGCCUAUCCGAUUAAAUAUCUAUAUUUGCCAAUAUUUAUUAUCACCCACAUUUCACAUUUAAUGGACUAUUCCAUCUGGACUUUCCUGCAUUUGCGCCUAAUCAAUGACGUAGAAAUUCGAGUUGCCAUCAGAGGCAGAGAGUCACUAUCGUUACCAUAAAGCGUUUUCAAAGUGGAUUU